CUGUCUAUAAGCGAGGGGAGCGUGCGCGCCGCUCUGCUGGGACAUAUCAGAGAAGGCAGCAGCAGCUGAACACGUGCCAAGCCACACACACGGGGCCUCUGCCGCACAACCAGUAGCAGGGCCACCCGUGUGACACGCGGAGAGGAGCUCGGUGCGUCUUCAUCUCUCUUCCUGCUCCUCCUGCUCCUCGUCAUCCAUCCUCCAGAGGCGGGCAGGAAUUCCGUUUCGUUACAUUUCUGCUGAAGCGAUGGCGCUGGCAGCGAAGGAGCGAGCGGUGCUGCUGGCACUGUGCUGGCUCGUGGUGCUGCAGCGUGGGGGCGGCGCGCGUGCCUCCUCCUCCUCCUCCUCGUCGUCGUCGCGCCCCUCCGAGCAGGAGACUCGCACCAAGCCCGCGUGGAAGGACGGCGACCUGAACCUGGGUGGGCUCUUCCCCAUCCACUUCGGCGUGCUGAGCCGCGCCGACAGCCUCACGGUGCGACCCGAGGCCGUGGAGUGCGUCCGGUUCAAUUUCCGCGGCCUGCGCUGGAUGCUCGCCAUGGCCUUCGCCGUCGAAGAGAUCAACGCUGACAACUUGCUGCUGCCGGGCCUCAGGCUGGGCUACAAGAUGGCCGACACGUGCAACACGGUGUCGAAGGCGCUGGAGGCGACGCUGGGCUUCGUGGCGCGCAACAAGCUGGGAGCCCUGGGCAUGGGCGGCGUCUGCAACUGCACGCCGGCGCCGCGCGCCAACACCGUGUCCGUGGUGGGUGCCACCAGCUCCGGGGUCUCCACCGCCGUGGCCAACCUCCUGAGCCUCUUCCGCAUCCCGCAGGUGAGCUACGCGUCGUCGAGCCGCGUGCUCAGCAACAAGCAGCAGUACCGCUCGUUCAUGCGCACCAUCCUGAGCGACGAGCAGCAAGCAACGGCGCUCGCCGAGUUGGUGCGCGAGUUCGGCUGGACCUGGGUGGGCCUCAUCGCGUCGGACGACGACUACGGGCGGCCGGGCAUCGAGCGCUUCCGCGAGGAGACGCUGGAGGACGAGGACGACUGGCCCGGGCGGCGGCGCGGCUACGGCAAUGAUGACGACAACGAGGAGGAGGUGAUCUGCGUUGAAUUCUCUGAGACAGUGUCGCUCUACGACCCGCCAGAGCGGAUCCACGAGCUGGCCGACAUGAUCGCGAAUGCGACGGCACGGGUCAUCGUCGUGUUUGCCAGCGGCACCGACCUGGACCCGCUGAUGCGCGAGGUGGCACGGCGCAACCUAACGGGGCGCACUUGGAUCGGCAGCGAGGCCUGGGUGAGCUCCUCGCUCAUCGCCCGCCCCGAGAUCUUCCACGUGGUGGGCAGCACGCUGGGCUUCGUGCAGAGGCCAGGGCACAUCCCGGGCUUCCGCGAGUACCUGCAGAAGGUGCACCCUCAGCGCCACCCGAACAACGUGUUCGUGCGGCAGCUGUGGGAGGCCACCUUCAACUGCACGCUGAAGGCCGAGGCGGCGUCGAGCGACAACUGCACCCAGUCGGGGAACCCCGUCCGCCACGGCGCCAACGAGGACGACGGCUCGUCCGAGAAAUGCCCGGAAGGUGUGAAAGGCGCAGCCAACGCCCCGCGGCCCUUCUGCACCGGCCGUGAGAACAUCAGCGCGGUGAAGACGCCGUUCCUGGACUACACGGACCUGCGCAUCACCUACAACGUCUACCUGGCCGUGUACGCCAUCGCGCACGCGCUGCACGACAUGCUCUUCGGCUGCCGCGAGGGCGCUGGCCUCUUCGAGGGCGGCAAGUGCACCAACAUCCAGCAGCUGGAGCCAUGGCAGCUCCUGCGCUACCUGCAAGUGGUGCGAUUCCGAAACAACAAGGGCGAGGAGGUGCAGUUUGACGAGAAGGGCGACCCCAGGGGUGGGUACAGCCUCGUCAACUGGCAGCAGUCGCCCAAGGACGGCUCCGUGCAGCUGGUGGAGGUGGGCAGCUAUGAUGGGCGCAAGCCCUCGGGCCAGCGCCUCGUGGUGGACAAGUCGCGCAUCGUGUGGCACAACCACAAGAACGCGAUACCCACGUCCGUCUGCACCCAGCCGUGCGCUCCGGGGACGCGCAAGGGCAUCCUGGAAGGGGAGCAGGUGUGCUGCUUCGAGUGCAUUUCCUGUGCAGAAGGAGAGUACAACAACGAAUCCGAUGCCAACAGCUGCCUCGGGUGCCCCGAAGAUUCCUGGCCGUCGGCGAACCACACGAUGUGCGUCCCCAAGCGGGAGGAGUACCUGUCGUGGCGAGAGCCCUUCGGCGUGUGCCUGGCGUUCGUCGGCUGCCUCGGCGCCGUGCUCACACUCAGCGUGGCCGCCGUCUUCGUCAAGCACCGCGGCACGGCCAUCGUGAAGGCCACCAACGUCGAGCUCUCCUACCUGCUCUUCUUCUCGCUCUUCUGCUGCUUCCUGAGCUCGCUCUUCUUCAUCGGCAAGCCGAGCACGGUCGCCUGCAAGCUGCGCCAGCCCACGUUCGGCAUCAGCUUCGUCCUGUGCGUCUCGUGCGUCCUCGUCAAGACCCACCGCGUCCUCCAGGUGUUCGAGUCGCAGAUCCCCGGCCGCGGCGGCGUGCGCAAACUGCUGGGCCUCGACCACCAGCUGCUGCUCGUCUUCCUCUUCACGCUCGUGCAAGUCGUCAUCUGCGCCGUGUGGCUCUACACGGCGCCGCCCACCUUCGAGGAGGACGACACGUUCAAGAACGACGUCAUCUACCUGUCCUGCGACGAGGGCUCGCAACUCGCGCUGGGCUUCGUCAUCGGCUACACGUGCCUGCUCGCCGGCGUCUGCUUCCUGUUCGCGUUCCGCGCGCGUAAGCUGCCCGAGAACUUCAACGAGGCCAAGUUCAUCACGUUCAGCAUGCUGGUGUUCUUCAUCGUUUGGCUCUCGUUCAUCCCGGCCUACGUGAGCUCGCAGGGCAAGUUCGUGGCCGCCGUCGAGGUGAUCGCCAUCCUGGUGUCCAGCUUCGGGCUCCUGAGCUGCAUCUUCUUCCACAAGUGCUACAUCAUCCUGCUCAAGCCCGAGCGCAACACGCCCGAGGAGGUGCGCUGCAGCACGGCCGCCCACUCCUUCAAGACGGCGGCGCGCGUCAACCUCCACACGGCGUCGAGCAUCGGCAGCGGCGGCAGCGCGGGCAGCAUGAACGCCAAGUACGACCACCACCAUCACCACCACCAUCACCACCCAGUGCGGGCGUCCACGCUCACCGUGCUCAGCGUGGGCGUCGAGAAGGGCCUCAAGAACUCGCAGGAAAUGGAGGCCGACGCGGAACCGCUGGCGCGCACCUCGAAGGGCACGCGCCAUGCAAACAACUGUAAGGACGGCGGCGAGGUGAACGUCCGUAUACCCGGGAAGGAGCUGGCGUCCAGCAUGUCUUCGUCCAUGCUCACUUAAAGCUCGGGAGGUUAGACACCCACGUAGUGCGGGAUUUGAGGACCUGAAGCCUGCUUUUCCCAUCCUUUUUGUGGAUGAUAGAGAUCCUUUGACACCAUCGGCAGAAGUGAUCCUUUGCGGGUUUGGCGUUGUGGUACGUUUGGUUCUACCGGGAGCGUAACGAGUUAAUCUCUCACACGUCUUAAAGGGUGCUCUCUCAUUCCAUGCUACACUGCACUAUAUACGAAGUAUAAUAUAUAUACGAGUACGAAAGUGUACUGAAGUGAAAUAAAUGUAAACUAUUUAAAUGCGUUUGUUUUUUUUAAACAGUCUGGAUAGAUUGUUUUUGCAUUGUUUUCAUUUCACGUGUCGGGAACAUCUUUUUGCUGCCUUACAGCAGAAAAUAAAAUGUCCAAAUGUGCUUUGAAAAAUAAACAGCAUAAUAUUAAAUUGCGUAUUAAAGGUUAACACACAAAUGCUACCACUCGUGCAUUCUAUUUAACGAGGGAUAAUUAACCGCUGGUCAGAGUUUGAGCUGAUGGCUCUGCAUCGUGGCUGGUAACCGCUUGACCUUGCAUCAUACCGGGGAGGGAAUGAAUAAAAAUUAUUUGUGUUCUUGCUGAGCAUCGUCACACUUCAAGCAGCACUUAAAUGUCCUGUUGAACGUAUUAAAUAUCUUUCUUUGUCACUCUGAACGCUGUAUUAUGUCAAGUUGACUGCGUUCCAAUUCCAGGAAGAGCUCAGGGCUCUCUCUGAACUGAUGUCGUGAGUGGGCCACAGAUUUGCAAUUCAAUUCCUUGAGUACAGUGUGUUUACCUUGAGGCAUUUGAGAAAGAUUAUCACGAUACACGCGCCACUGAGAGCCAGGUGCGAUGCAAGACUCGAAAUGGAGAGCGCAUUUUGACCGGAACGGAGCCUCUUUAACAAGUUUGCCAUGACGCAGUUUAAUAAUUUAGGAAAACAGCUGCGAUGGAAUUUAUGAAGUGUAUCAGGAACAUAAUAAAUUCUGCAUACCUGCUAAGGCGUAAAGUUAAAAUAACAUUGUGUUUUGUUUAUUUAAUUGUUGAGGUUAGGCUGUUGUAAACGAGAAACAAAAAGUCAUAAUAAAAACUGUUUUAAGGACUGCUCAUUUUGUAAUGUAAGCAAGUACCGUAUUUAAUUACCGUAUUUAACAUAAAAUAAACUUAUCACAUAUCUCUUCAUACUCUGGGGUCCAUAAAAAAUGAUUACGUAGUAUAACUUACAAUGAACCAACACCCAUUUACAGGCAGCGGUUGUAGUAAUAAUGAAAUCUACUCAAAACAUCCCCAAGGUAGUUGAUCAGAAUUCAUAUUUUGUCGAUGAAUUAUUUUAGAAGUAGACUCUUCUUUAAAAGAAGUGGUGUGAGACAUUAAUUGUAGGGCUGCCCUUGUAUCUGUUACCUUACUCUUAAAAAAAAUAAAAAAACUGCUACCUUUGCAAGCACCGAUUGACCCUGGGAACAUCGCGAUCCAUUUGGAAGUAUAAUUUACAGAUACGGUCUCUACAUGACACUUACCAGAGCCCGAUAAAACAUUCAGCCCACAGGCGUGCUGGGCGUGCUUUGUUCCUUCAAAUCUGUGCUUACAAAACCCCCAGAGUGUGCCUUUUAGAUUAUUUUACUCUCAGUGGACAUCGAUGUUUCACACUUAAAUGCCCACUGUGGUUUUUGGUCUUUCCCCAAAGCUGUUUUCCUCGAGAAUGUGUUUCUGCUCUUAAGUUGGAGACCGGUGGAUUUCUUUGUUGUUUUAUUCGGUCCUGGUAGCUCUCGAGCGUACAAACUGAUCUUCAAUUGUUUAAAAUGUUUCACUCUAAAACGGUUUUUCAUAUUAAUAACAAUUAUAUUUUUGUUGUCGGUGAUUUUAACAGUUGGCCCUCGUUACUGCCAGUCUCGUGGUGUGCACUUUGCAAAGUGCGGUGUUUCUUUCUGCUAAUGUUCACAUUAAGAUGCUGUAUAUUUAAUACCCUAGUGUUAAAUGCUAAUUGUCAGAAUAACCCGUUAAUAUUUGUUAAUAAUUAAAGGAAUGACUCGUAGCUAUCAAAGUGCAUGUUAAAAUGCAGCGACAUUGUACAGUAUGUAGCUAAUAUAACGAAUUAGAAUCUGUAUUCAUUAUCUGUGUUUUAAAAAAAAGUGAUUAUGAAGGUUUUGAUAAUCACGGUAAUCGUGUUCAUUAUGCGUUUAAGCCUGCACAUAUUGGGCUGAAUGUUAAUUCUAUAUAGGUGAGUUUCAACCUAAAUACAACUGAAUGGAGCAUUACACAAUAGGGGCAAUUGAAUUUCAAUUCAGUACACUGUUGCGCUUGAUAUGCGGGCUGUAAAACUUCAUACACACAGUGAUUCCGAUUACGUAGAGCCACUUACUGGAUGCAAGUCUGUCGGUUGGCACUAGUCGAGCUAUACACUCGGAUAACUUCUUAAGCAUGCUUUUUCUAUAAAUGUUUAUGUACAUGCUGAUGUUGUUGUUCUGCCUAUACCUUUAUAGGCAAUUCUGAGAAAUGUGUGCUGUUCUCAUUAGUAAUUGGCUGCCUGCACUGUGUUGGUGUUCCUUGGCCAGGCGAUGAAUGAUCCACUCUAAUAAAAACAUCAGUGUACAGUGCAUCAUGUUCGGCCAUGUGAAGGCCUAUUUAUUGAUUCUCUUUAAUUGGGAGACAUCAGUGAUACAUCGUGCGAUUUCAACUGGACAUCUGUGAAAAUUUGCUUUUUGCUCAUCGGAUUCCUCCAGUAUAAAUAAAUAUUCGGAUUCUGAUAUGAGAUCCACAAUAAAUCUAUCAUGUGUUGGUAAUUAUUGUGACGUCACUAAUAUAUUUGUCCUUAACAUUUUAUUUCCUGGCAAAAUGUCUGAAAUAAACUCAAUGAUGAAAGUUGUAAAUAAAUAGCAAUUUUACAUUAAAUGAGUGCUUUGCAAAAUGUUUCCGAGGUAGUUCAUGGCAUUGGAAUUAAAUUACGUUAUAAUAUUAAAAGUGUAUUCAAUUGUUUAUUGAAUAACUGAGAGCAUGUGUCUUUUAUAAGCAUUGCAAAACGGAGUAAUAAUUAUAAAUAUUUUCCCAUAAUAGAGGUCUUUGGGUUAGAUCACGUAAAUAUAUAAAUGUGUCGUUAAAACCUGCCACCACCCGACACAGCCAACUCGUAAGGGUUACGUUUGGUGAAUUGCAAUUGAGCAAACUGCAAUUAUUUGUACUCGAAUUAUAGCAAAGCACAAAAACAAUAAAAUAAAUAUGUGAAAAAUAAAUUUGAUAUUGUAUCAUAUUGUGAAAACUGAUAUUGUGGCAACCCUCGUGUGCAGUGUGUCAUGUGAGGCAGCCUGAAGGCUGAGAUAUGCGAUGCAUUUGCAGUGCAAUUGAUGGGAUGCGAUCCAAUCGAAGUCUAUUGCAUCCUUAUCCACACAUCAUUAUUGCAACAUGUGGGUAUGUAUGUGUGUGUAUGAAUGCAUGUACGUGUGUAUGCGUGCAUGCAUGCAUGUAUUUGUGUUCAGUGACAUACAUCUGAACCGGUCCUGGGCCUACCCUAGGUCGACUCAGCCUCAAAUGGGUACCUGGUGCGAAUUUUAAACAUCUGCGUUGCAGAAACAAAGGCGGCCGGACGUGGUUCUGACCACCUAACCUUUCAUAUGCCGUGCUGUUAAAAACACUUGCUCCAAUAUGUCUGUUAAAGGCUAUACUGUGGAUAUUCGUCUUGUCCUGCAUGCUUGUAAGUGUAAGUACACGUGUGUGUAUAUAUAGAUGUUAUAUUUCUCACUCCCACCAUCCUUUGUGGCUGUACUGCACUUGAUUGCAUUGCACUCGGGUCAAUGGCAUUUCAUCUCGGAAAAUGGCUCGCAAAGCGAUAGGGCUUCUAAUCUAGCGCAAUCUGAUCUCCCACCCAUAAAUUUAAUCGAAACUGCAUAGUGUAUCUUUCUAGACAUUUAAACCACUCUUGCUGUUUAAUCCAUCCGUGGAUGUUGUUGUUGUUCAUGGUUCGGGCUGCAAAUCCCCAGAGACUGAUAAAACUACCGCUAUCUGGAAAAACAGUUAAGGAGAACAUGCAAUUGUAUCUUCAGACGCUUUCAUGCAUGUACCAUACCUGUAGAAACAAAUGCACCACAACCAUUGAUAGCACAUUAUGGCAAAUGACAGUAUUUUUCUGUACGGCUAAUUGCUCAUGUUGAAAUACUGAGUGCAAUACUGUAAGGGGUAGCUGAUGUGAGCCAAUAAAUGUUUUAUACAAAGUGCCGUACAUUCUAAAUUACAUCUUAUCAAUGUCACCGUAGCUUUUCUUCGUUCACAUGCUUUUUUUAAAUUGAGCAAGACAUGCAUUAUAAAUCAUGUACAUUAUUCAAGAAGCCAUUUAAUAACCGCAUUUAAUUAUUCAAAAUUCCCAAUUUCAAGACGAGACUGCUCUCUGUGGUUUGCUAUACACAAUAAUGGCGUUUUAUAUUGUAUAUAGAGUCUAUAGAUGAGGAUGAUGUUGAUGAUCGUUAACUCUUGGCUAUGCUGGCACUUAUAGUCAUGUUUUCUCAUUGCAUGUUUGGAUCAAGGAAAUAUAUUUAAUCCACACAGCACACAAAACUGACUUACAAAAGGACAUGUAUAUUUGAGCGGAUAAACCAUAAAGUUGAAUCAAAACAACUUUUCUAUACUGUCAUGAAAAGUGUAAUCACAACUGUGUUUGUCUUUUAACUCGUAACAUUUAUAUAUAUGUGUGUAUAGGGCAAUGCAGCAUGAUAUCAACAUAUAUAUAAAAAAUACAGUACUGAAUUCUACGUGCCGUAUAUUGUGCCUGAUGUAUAUGUACUAUGGUAGACAAUAAAAUGUUUUAAUUCUU